UCAGUUUUCAGUUCUUGAGCGUCUGUUUGGUGGGAAGGUUGUUUAGUUCGUUGCGGUACGACGCGUUCGGUGCGUGUUCGACGACCCAUUUCCAUAAGAAUUAUUUACUUUUAAUAAAUGUAAUUUUCUGCAGUGUGUAAAGCUGUCAUCGGACAUGUAAUGUGGGGUAAUUUAUUUUUAAUUACAUAUUUGUUUGAUCUAACUGGCGCCGCGGCAUGUAACACGCGCUUGUUUGAAAAGUUUUAAAAUAAACAGCGAAGGGGUUCGAAAAAACAGCAAGUGUGGUAGAAAUUACGAUUAUGUUGGAACGUGACAAAAGCUCAGUUGCGAACAGAACUUUAUUAGCGUGGAUUUUGACAAGCUCGAUGUCUUCUUUGGCCUAUUCGCUGGAAACCGAAGAACCCAUUACCGUAAAUAAAGCACGGACACCGCAAUCGUGGGCCCGCUUUUCCACAGAUUAUGUGCGGUGUUUCUGCAACCUCCCGCAGUGCGUCAGCACUGGUUAUAUGUGCUUAUCCAGUGAGGGCGGCUGUUUUUCCAGUUUUCUGGAUCAUGCGGGUCAUCAUUCCAAAGACUAUCGUGGACGUCAUGGGUGCCUGGAAUUUCUUAGCGAAGAAAAUCGCGUUGUUUGUGCGGCUGCUUCCCGCGACAACGCCACGAAGAAAAAGACGCUCACUUUCUGUUGCCACUACGACAUGUGCAACCACGUCGACAGCCCCCAAACAAAAGACAUAAUAAACAACACCCAACAAGAAUCCCAUGCAACAAUCGGCAACUUACAACAGCCCAUCGACUAUACCAACUCCCAAGUGUGGUUCCGAGCGGCGACUAUAGCAGUGCCUGUGUGUGGAGCAGUCAUUCUCUUCGUUUUGAUCGCACUAGCAGUUAAAAUUUUAAGAAGCGAAAAUCAGAAUCACGCUACUCAAAAAUUAGGAACGUCAUAUGAACACCAUAUGCCUUCUCAAAGCAAACACGGCUGUGACAAACUGGAACGAACUUACGAUAAUAUUUUGAGAAGAUCGCAGCAUCAGAAAUGUUUAUACCACCAGUACCAAGGCGAUGAUUUGCAGAGGAUUCAAGUGCCUUUACUUAUCCAGAAUAAAAUUGGCACGUCUCAUACGGGGAAUAAGAACGAAACCAACGCUAAAUUGAAUCUGAUGCAAGGAGAGCACGUUAUUAACGACUAUAAAGACGCAAAUGUGGUGUCGGUGGUUUUGGACAUUGAGAAGAUCACGCCUAAGUGUUCCAAAACUAAUUUAGUCCACCAUGUAAACACCGACAAAAAAUACUUAGAUGAUAAGUUCAUAAAUGAAGUUCAUAAAUAAGUUCAUAAAAGAAUUUUAUUAAUACGCUUAAUCAAUAAGGAUUGAAAAAAUCUUCACUAACAAGGAACCAAAGUAUUUAAGUAGGGUAAACAUCAGAGUAGCUAUUUCAUAAUAAAAAAUUAUAUUUGACAAGACUAAUGCACUUGCGGCUGUGACAUUCUUGGCAUUUUUGCGACUGAUCAGCGUUUUCGCACGAUAAGAUGCUUUUUCCAAGUUUCAUACAUUCUUAUCGUGCCGUGAUGUUUACCAACCUGACAAUAACGACUGCUCAAAUUUUAAUAACAACACGAUUAGUUUGACGUAAAUAUGUACAUAUCUUUGUAUACUUUUAACAUUCUGACUGUAUUCGCUUAUUUUGUAUAAUAUUAGUUAAGUAAAUGCUUAUUUAUUGUAUUUUAGAAAUACUGUGACUUUUAUAUUCAGCAAAUAAAUGUUCUAAAUCAGA